GUUCCAUAAAGGAGAAAAACCUUACAAAUGUAAUGAAUGUGGCACAUCUUUUACACAGAACUCAGAUCUUAAAGUUCAUGAAAGAAUCCAUACAGGAGAGAAACCUUACAAAUGUACCCAAUGUGACAAAUCAUUUACAGCGAACGCACAACUUCACCUUCACUAUAGAUCCCAUACAGGAGAGAAACCUUACAAAUGUACUGAAUGUGACAAAUCAUUUACAGGGAAUGCACAACUUCAGCGUCACUACAGAUCCCAUACAGGAGAGAAACCUUACAAAUGUAAUGAAUGUGGCAAAUCUUUUAUACAGAACUCAGACCUUAAAGUUCAUGAAAGAAUCCAUACAGGAGAGAAACCUUACAAAUGUAAUGAAUGUGGAAAAUCCUUUAUUAAGUCGUCACUUCUUAAAGUUCACCAAAGAAUCCAUACAGGAGAGAAAAAUUACCAUACAGGAGAGAAAACUUACAAAUGUAAUUAA